AUGACCCUCCUCAUCUACGAGAACUCCUACACCAGAUGGAACCUCUGCUUCCAGCCUGGGAACAAUGACUGUGGCAGAAAGAAAUGGACUGCCCCCAAGAGCAGCAAGGACUCGGAGACAAAAAAGUUUGCUACCAAGUACUCAAACUCCAAGGUGGGCAAUGCCAAGUAUGGAGGUUGGUCCAAUGCAGGCCGAAGGCGCUACAAUGCCCUCAAGCUUGAGGUUCAGGAUGCCCGUGCCAAGCCCAAUGCCCAAGAUGCAGAACAACAAAUGCUGAAAUGGAUGUUGCAAUAUUGUGGAAAGGAAGACCACCAGCCCGAUCCGGAUGCCGUGAACAAGAAGAAGAAGAAGGGCAAGCGUUCCUACGAUGAUCUGGUGGACUGUGACUAG